AUUCAGACAUUUGAGUUCCGUUAGCAGGAAGUUGGGAUUGUGGCUCAAUAUUAAAUACAAGUGCAGACAGUUAACGUGCGUUUUGAAUAGCUUAAGGCUCAUUUCUUCGACCCAUUUGCUUUGAAGAAGGCGUAAUAGGUCCGAACUGAUUUUCAUUCGGAAUCGCAGGAGAGCGGCCAGAAACUGAUGGGCAGCAGAAGAGUCUGGUUUUAAAACAGGCGGUUGCGGUUUGUUGAAAGAACAAUUUAGUCGUUUGAGCGAAGUUUUAAUUGUAAGUGGAGGAAGUUUACAAGAAAAAAAAUGCCGAAAACGAUCAAUGUUCGGGUUACCACCAUGGAUGCUGAGCUGGAAUUUGCUAUCCAGCCAAACACCACUGGCAAGCAACUCUUUGAUCAGGUUGUGAAAACUAUUGGGCUUCGUGAGGUCUGGUUCUUUGGACUUCAGUACCAAGAUACAAAGGGCUUUAGCACCUGGUUGAAACUCAACAAAAAGGUGACUCAGCAGGAUGUUCGUAAGGAUAGCCCACUACUUUUCAAGUUUAGGGCAAAAUUCUUUCCAGAGGAUGUAUCUGAAGAGCUGAUUCAAGAGAUCACCCAACGCCUCUUCUUCCUGCAAGUGAAAGAGGGCAUUCUGAAUGAUGACAUCUACUGUCCCCCAGAGACUGCUGUAUUGCUGGCUUCUUAUGCUGUGCAGGUCAAAUAUGGUGAUUUCAAUAAAGAUGCCCACAAAUCUGGCUAUUUGUCAAAUGACCGUCUACUUCCACAACGUGUCCUGGAACAGCACAAGUUGAAUAAAGAACAGUGGGAAGAUCGGAUCCAAAUAUGGCAUGAGGAACAUAGAGCAAUGAUCAGGGAAGAUGCCAUGAUGGAAUAUCUGAAGAUUGCUCAAGAUCUCGAAAUGUAUGGUGUUAACUAUUUCAACAUCAAAAAUAAAAAGGGCUCUGAGCUGUGGCUUGGCGUUGAUGCUCUUGGACUGAACAUAUAUGAACAUGACGACAGGUUGACACCCAAGAUUGGAUUCCCAUGGAGUGAAAUCCGAAACAUUUCAUUUAAUGAUAAGAAGUUUAUCAUCAAACCAAUUGAUAAAAAAGCACCAGAUUUUGUAUUCUAUGCACCUCGUCUCCGCAUUAAUAAGCGUAUCCUGGCAUUGUGCAUGGGAAACCAUGAACUCUACAUGCGCAGACGUAAGCCAGAUACCAUUGAAGUCCAGCAGAUGAAGGCUCAGGCAAGAGAAGAGAAGCAACAGAAACAGAUGGAAAGAGCACAAUUGGAAUAUGAGAGAAAGAAGAGAGAGCAAGCAGAGAAAGACAGACAGAAUAUGGAGCGUGAAAAGGAUGAAUUGAUGGAGAGACUGAAACGGGUUGAAGAACAGACUGAAAAAGCCCAAAAAGAACUGGAAGAACAAACUGCCAAAGCAAUGGAGCUGGACGAAGAGAGGAUAACAGCUCAAAAGGAGGCUGAACGACUGGAACAAGAGCGCAGGUGUGCAGAAGAGAUCAAGACUGCUUUACUUGAACAGUCCAAAAAUCAAAUGAAAGAUCAAGAGAACCUGGCCUCUGAACUUGCAACACUCACUUCUCAAAUCUGUCUAUUAGAGGAAACCAAGAAGAAGAAGGAAGAGGAGGCAUCUGAGUGGCAGCGGAAGGCUGCUUUAGCACAGCAAGAUCUGGAAAAGACCAAAGAGGAACUUAAACAGGCCACGACAGCCCCACCCAUUCAAGUGACCAUCCUGCAGGCUGAGAAUGAGCAUGCUGAUGAGCAUGAUGAGAAUAGUGCAGAGGCUAGUGCUGAACUCAGCUCUGAGGGGACUGUUCAAGAUCGCAGUGAGGAAGAAAGGCUGACUGAAGCAGAGAAAAACCAACGUGUACAAAUGCAGCUACAGGCAUUAACAUCUGAGCUGGCCCAGGCUCGAGAUGAGACCAAGAAAACACGGAAUGACAUGCUACAUGCAGAGAACAUGAAGGCAGGACGUGACAAAUACAAAACCCUGAGGCAGAUUCGCCAGGGCAAUACCAAGCAGCGGAUUGAUGAAUUUGAGUCCAUGUAAAUCUCCACUUUCCUGUGACCUGCAUAAGCCAUGACAUGGGAAUGAAUUUGGUUUCAUUAGGAGUUGCCGAGAAACCCAUUUUUAUUAAUAUAUAGCUUGUUCAGAUCAGCGACAAAGAUGUAUUAAAUUGUUUCAGUUAUUGUGUGGCAUAAAUGUAGUCUUUGGUUAUGAUGUUCAGAAUUAGUCCUUUUUUUUUGUUACAGCAAUCCACUCUCCCUCAAAUCUAUUGCUUUACUGUCUACUGCUGGCUUUUUUUUUUUGGACUACUCAUUUUAAGUAAUAUUAUGUUGGUCCAUCUUUUUGAGUGCCUUCUUUAUCCUGAACUCUAUAUUUAAUUAAAAAGAACAUUUUUAAAGGGGAUAAAAAUGAUGCUACUUGGUAGGAUGUUGGUGUCACUUCAAAUAGUGUCCUCCCUAGGAAGGAAAUGUGGCUUCCCCUUUUUAAGUCAUUACAACCAAAAACUCGAGCUCACCUUAUUUAGUAUGUGGGUUGGAUUUUCACAGGUUGAGAAUCUGCUUGGUAAACAAACCUUUUUUAUCAGUAUUUAUUGCCAAGUAAUAUUAAAUGAACCUUGAUUGUGAUGGCAUAACUUUCAAACUCUUGUCUGCUUCAGUGAAACUCUUCUUGUGAAACCAACUCAUGGAAUAUAAUUAAAGUUGGAUAAUAGUUAGGGAGAUCCCUAUUUGUUAUAAUUUGCAUUAUAGUCUUUUUUAAAAAGAUUUGUGUACUACUUAGUCUGAAAUUAGUGAAGCUGUUCCUCUUAAUUAUAUGUAGCUUAAAAUUAUGUAAACCUUGUUCUGACUGGAGUACAUUGCACUAAAAUUUUAAAUUUAUAAGGAAUUAAGUUCAGAAGUGCACAAUAACUAGGGGUGAUAGUGUUAAAUAACCAGUAAUUCUGUGUUGUUGCAAUUCCAUUUUUGAGAAGUGUUAAUUUUGGGAAAUGGUGCAAAUUUUAUAAUAGUCUCACAGCUCUUGAAAGUGUAGGUCAAGAUUUAAAUUUUUAGGCUGGGGCACUUGAGGUGUUACUAAUGAAGAUUUUUUUGAGCUCUCCUUUCUAACUGAAUCGUUGUUGCCAAGGGCUACCAUUUAGUGCAGAAUCAUUUCUUUUAUAGAAAUAAGUGCCAAAAAUCUUUCAGUGUUACAGUGCCUAGUCAAUUUAUUUGCAACCAAGAUUCUUCCCUGGGCAGCUGGUUGCUUUUUUUGUCUACAUAGUAUUACAUAUUUGAUGUAGUUACUUUGAACUUUAACUAUGCAAAGUAGGAAGAGCAGAAUUAUUUUUGUGACCAAAUUAUUGGUUUGCAGAUUAUCAUGUAAUCACGCAUUGUAUUUUUCAGGAUAAUUGAUAAGAAAUGUGCAGUAUUAUAUUAAGACAGAACUAUUCAUUUUAGGGUCCUGUGUUGAUCAUUUAGUGUCUAUUACAAUUACUUUGUAAAAUGGGGGCCUUCAGUUUGUUGAGAAAAGCUGCUUAAUUUCAUUCUGUGGUUUGAAUAUUUUUUAUACAUUAGAAAGUUGGCCAGUGUAAAUUUCUUCUGCACUAGUGAAAUCUGCUCCCUAUUUAACAAUUAACAAAUGGGAUCUCGGUAACAAACUAUUUGCUGUUUUGAGAUUUGUAUUCAAUUUGGACUUUGCAGCUCUAAUAAAUUUUCAUAUUUCUGCAUAA